AUGUCAAUCAAGCCCAGACAUCUCAAGCCCUUCCAACAAGGUGCAGUUGUUUCUCAUUUGAAAACCCACUGCUUUCAAUACUCAUCUACACCAAAACCCCUUGGCUACUUCACCUCUAGUCAAGACUUUAAAGGUCCCAGAUUUAGCCCUGGCAUCUGCAAAUGCUUGAGGUUGACCUCACUCUUUGCUGCAGGUGGUAUAUAUUAUCUCUUAUCUGAUGCAAGAUAUAAGGAGACAACCUUAUUCAGUGGUUGGCCAGCUAAAAUCAGAACCAUCCCAUCUGAAGCAGUUGAAUUCACUUACACUCUUGAUUCAGCUGGUGGACCCAUCAAAAAGACUUUCUCUCAUCUUCUACUCAGUGAAGAAGAGGUGGAAGCCAAAUUGCAAAAUGGGGAAAAUAAAGUAUAUGUCAAUAGAGAGGGUAAUAGUGUGAAAAGUUGGGAAAUCAACAGUCUACCUUCUUCUGAUACUGGUGAAGAUAGAUAUUCAACAGAUGUCAUCACUGAAUCAGAUCUGGAAAAGCUUCUUACUAGUGAAGGGUAUUUUUGGAAAAAUUGGUGGAAUACCAGAACCAAGUUAUAUCCCAAUAAACAAGGUGAAGAUGUUGUAGAAGGAGAUGGGAAGCAAGAUGUGAUGAUGUUUAGUGUGUUUGAUGGACAUGGUGGACCAUAUAUCUCUGACUUACUCAGCAGAACUCUCCAUGGUUGUCUUGCUUGGAAUAUUGCCAACUUCUUGAACAGGGGGCAGAAUGACAUGAGAGCUUGGGAGCAUGAGGUUAUUGGUGGAAAAUUGUGGUCAGAAAUGAAAUUCAGUGAUGAGUGCAUACCUGCUAGUGUUAGUGAUAAUGGGCCACAAUCAUUUGCGCAAAUGAUGGCUUCAAGCUUCCUAGCUUUUGAUGCCAAUAUUAUUCAAAGCACCUGGUCAACCCUGUUCAGCCCUAUUGAGGACAAACUGCCAGGUCUUCCACCUCACUCACCUACUCAACUUGGCUUGGCAAAUCUGUUUGACAAUGGCUCCUGUGCUAUCACUGCCAUUGUGGAUGUAGAAUCUGAUAAAUUAUAUGAGGCUAAUGUGGGAGAUACAAGGGCUAUUGCUGGAUGGUGGAAUCCUGAUAAAGGUGAAUGGAGGUGUGAUAUCUUGACCGAAGAUGCUACAUGUGAGAAUGAAAAAGAAGCUAAGAGGCGAGAUACUGCAAUCCAUAAUCAAGGUUAUGGUGAUACCAAUAGAGUACUGGGUGGAUUACAACCUUCAAGAGCUUUUGGGGAUGAUGCAUAUAAAAUUGGCUAUGAUGAUUACAAAGACAUACAAAGAACCUUGUUCCAGAAAGAACCAUAUAAAAGAUGGAAAUGGUUUGAGGAAUGUCCCAGUAGGACACCUCCUUAUGUCACUGCUAGACCAGAAGUUGCUAUAAGAGACAUACAUCCUAGAUCUGGAGAAGAGCUCAAGUUUGUGGUUCUAGCUACUGAUGGCUUAUGGGACAGGGUCACCUCAGAAGAAGCUUCUCACUUGGUUGCAUCUCACAUGAUGCAUGAGAUCCACCCUGAUCAAUCAAAAUUACAAGUCAUGGCAUCCUGCCCUCACACAUCACCAUUGCCCAAUAAUGACCAUCCUUUCCCAAAGGAAGACAUGAGAGUGGAAGGUAGAUGGGUAUAUGAAGAUACCAAUGCUGCUACUCACUUGAUCAAAAAUGCUCUAGGAGGGGAUGACAGAGAGCUAAGAAGACAGUUCUUAAGUCUUAGAUCACCUGGUGCAAGGAGUGCAAGGGAUGAUACAACCGCAAUAGUGAUUUGGUUUGAUGAUCAUAAAGCAAAAAAAGCUGUCGCAGAAGAAGAAGCAGAAGUUAGAGGUGACAUGACGUCUGCAUAA